AUGACCGACCAGAAGUUUGUUGGCGAAUUUAUGGCGUCGCUGGCGCCGUUCCAGAAGAAAUUGGACGAUAAUUACGAGGGCACGCACAAGAAACCUGUGGUUCUGGGUAGAAUGAGCGCCGAACUAGAGCCAUUACCUGCCCAGGAGCCCAAGCAAGUGAAGGUAGCGCUGCGGUCGAUCCGUAACCCCAAGUUCAGUGUGGAGUACGAGGUUCCUGACACGGACUCGAUUUUUGCGGUCAAAGAGCGUCUUUUGACAGACCCCAACGGGCCGCUGGUGGGCACCGAGUUCAAUCUUGCGGGCAUUCGAUUCAUGAUCAAGAGCCGGGCUAUUUCAGACACUCGGCAACUCCGAGAGCUUUCGAGCACCGAAUUCACCGUGGUGCUACUUCACAGCAACGCCGACAAUGUCCCGUCAAGUGGCCAGCUGUACUGGGCCGACGACUCUGUAAUUGCCCCGGACGUGCAAACUCCCACCCCCGUGGCCGAGACGCCCGAGGUGGUUGAAGAGACGCCUAGCUUUCCUAGUGAAAUGUGGGAGGAAAUUGCCGCGGUGGUUGCAAAAUACACAAAAGACAGCGCUAGUGUUGUCGACAAGCUCCGCAGAGCCGUAGAGUAG